AUGGACAAUCCUUCUGCUGUUCUUACGAAAAUUGGUGAAAUUGUUAUCGAGGAUAGACCAAUUCCUCAAAUCAAAGAUCCUCAUUAUGUCAAGAUUGCCAUAAAGUAUACUGGACUUUGUGGUUCCGACGUUCACUAUUACCAGCACGGCCGCGUUGGCUCUUUCAUCGUGGAGAAACCAAUGGUGUUGGGACAUGAGUCGUCCGGUGUUAUUGUAGACGUUGGUUCUGAAGUCAAAACUCUGAAGGUCGGUGACAGGGUUGCCUGCGAGCCGGGCAUUCCUUCCAGAUACUCUUAUGAAUACAAGAGCGGAAACUACAAUUUGUGUCCGGAGAUGGCUUUCGCUGCAACUCCUCCUUACGAUGGAACUCUUUGCAGAUACUAUCUUCUCCCUGAGGACUUUUGUGUCAAACUGCCUGAAAACGUCUCAUUGGAGGAAGGCGCGUUGGUUGAGCCCCUUUCUGUUGCCACUCAUGCCACUAGGCUGGCCAAAUUGACGGUUGGUGACAACCUGGUUGUCUUUGGUGCCGGUCCAAUUGGAUUGCUCUGUGCUGCUGUUGGACGGGCAUUUGGUGCUAGCAAGGUGUGCAUUGUUGACAUUGUCAGUGAGAAGCUUGAUUUUGCCGUUUCCAAAGGUUUUGCUACCCACUCCAUCAAUUCCAAAGAUAAAAGUUUUGAGGAGAUUUUGGAGUUCAUCCAAAAUUCCUGGGACGGCGAACGCCCAUCAGUGGCCAUGGAUGCUACCGGAAACCAGUUCUGCAUUGCAAAUGCCAUAAGAUUGCUGGAGAAAAAGGGAAGAUACGUCCAAGUUGGUAUGGGAAGACCAACCAUGGAUGGAUUCCCUAUUGCUGAGGUUGCAGAGAGAGAACUGCUGAUUACUGGGGUCUUCAGAUACACUGUUGAUGACUACAAGAUUGCUGUCAGCUUAAUUGCCUCCUCGAAAGUGAACGUGAAGCCUUUGAUCACCCAUAGAUUCAAGUUCGAGGACGUCAAAAAAGCUUACGACUUUAGCAAGGAAGGUAAGUCCAUUAAAAUUAUGAUUUCAGGUCCUGAAUAA